UAAAGACAUUGCCUGGUACCUUUAUGGUAUUGCUGAAGUAGUAAAACCACAAUAAUCUUAAUUUAUAGCUUGUUUUGUUUUUAUUCUGGAUAGACUGCUUAUACAGGUAUUGGACAAUGGACCCGUAUGAUGCAGACAGUGAUGCCGACAUUCAUAAAGCCAAAUUACAGAAACCGAAGAAAUUCAGUAGAAAAUUGGAUCAAUUGAGUCACAUAGCCAGGUUAAUAGGGUUAGGCGAUCAUUCAGAUAGUGGUGAUAAUGAAGAACUAAGUGUAGUAAUGCCUCGUCCUGGCAGUACUAGUAGUGAUUGGAAUGAUAUUCAGGGGUCUCACGAGCCCCCUCCAAUUCCUGUUAAUGAUGGCUGUUUCAUAGCCAACUCUCCGUCUGUCACCAGUAUCGGACGAGAAAAUCAUUACCAUGGAGGCCAUUCAGAAGGAGAGGCUGGUGAUGGGGUGGGGAACUUAUCGUCAGCGAUGUCCAGUCCAACUGUUACCGCAUCAUCUUCCUCUACCAGAGCCAGAGCUAGUUCGGAGAGUAAGUUAUUUUCACCAAUCUCGGAUAAAUCUAGCUUCGCAUCCACACCCAUGUCUUCCAGCAAAUUGUCAAAAAGAGAAUCAUUGAAGGUUCAAAAGAAGAAUUAUAGAAGUCAGAAGAAACAAGCUGCCAAAGAGUUAUUGAUCACAUUAAAAGAUCCGUCUGUUAUAGUGUUAGCAGAUUGGUUAAAGAUACGAGGUACCUUGAAGAGUUGGACCAAGUUGUGGUGUGUACUCAAACCUGGACUUAUAAUUCUCUACAAAAGUGAUAAAUUAAAGAGUAGUCAUUGGAUUGGUACAGUUAUACUCAGCGCCUGUCGUCUUAUUGAAAGACCUUCCAAAAAAGAUGGCUUCUGUUUUAAGCUGUUUCAUCCUCUCGACCAGUCCAUAUGGGCAACUAAAGGACCAAAAGGGGAGACAAUUGGAGCCUUUGUGCAGCCUCUUCCAUAUUCAUACCUCAUUUUCCGCGCUCCAUCAGAAUCCGCAGGAAAAUGUUGGAUGGAUGCGUUAGAGUUAGCAUUAAGAUGUACGAGUCUAUUAAUGAGAUCGAUGACUAAAGAACGAGAACUGAAUUCGGGUGCUCUAGCAGAAACGUUAGAAACUCCAUCAUUUCAAUCACCAACCGAACUUAACGAAUCUGAUUGUGAAAAACAUUUCGAAGGUCAAGGGUUAGAUGAAGAUUGUAAAACAGAUCGUGAAGAAAUUAAAACCGAAUCAGAAUCGAGUGGUUCAGACGAGGAUGACGAGAAGUCAUUCAGUACGAACAUUAAACCAAUGGAAACACAGUAUAUAGAAAACGGCAGAGAAGAAUUGGGACAGCAAGGUGAUGAAUGUCAAACAGAAGAAGUUAAUGAAGAAAAUAAAAGUUUAAUAUGGACCCUGGUUAAACAGGUUCGUCCUGGUAUGGAUCUUUCUAAAGUGGUUUUACCAACGUUUAUUUUAGAACCACGAUCUUUUCUUGAUAAAUUAACAGAUUAUUAUUAUCAUGCUGAUAUGUUAUCGGAAGCCGUACUACAGGAGGACCCGUUUACUAGAAUGAAGUCAGUCGUACAAUGGUAUUUAGCAGGUUUCUAUAAAAAACCAAAGGGAUUAAAGAAACCCUACAACCCUAUAAUAGGAGAAACGUUUCGUUGUUACUGGCGGCAUCCAAAAACAAACAGUCGUACAUUUUAUAUAGCAGAACAGAUCUCCCAUCAUCCCCCAGUGUCAGCAUUUCAUAUAUCUAAUCGUCGUGAUGGUUUUAGUAUAAGUGGAAGUAUUUUAGCUAAAUCCAAAUUCUACGGUAACUCUAUAUCAGCAAUAUUAGAUGGAACUGCCAAACUUACGUUUUUGAAACGUGGUGAAGAUUAUUUUAUAACCAUGCCAUACGCACAUUGUAAAGGUAUUCUGAUCGGAACAUUAACCAUGGAGAUGGGAGGGAAAAUCACCAUCAAUUGUCCUAAAACUGGUUACAGAUGUGAUCUCGAAUUUAAACUGAAGCCGUUUUUAGGAAGUGGUGAAGCUAGUAAUAAAGUAAGUGGUAAAAUAAAAGUAGGAACAGAUACAUUAUGUAGUAUAGAUGGUCACUGGGAUCAAGAAAUAUAUAUAAAAGAUAAAAUGACGGGGGAAAGUUCGCCAUUUUUUGUUGUAAAUAAGGAAGUGAAGGCAGCCCGGUUAAAACGAUACACAGUUCCGUUAGAAAUACAGGAACCAUUUGAAUCAGAGAGGUUAUGGCGGCGUGUGUCAGAGGCCAUUAGUAAUUGUGAUAUGCACGGAGCAACCGAUGAAAAACAUUUACUGGAAGAAAAACAGCGUUACGAGGCUCGGGAAAGGAAGGCCAAGAUGAUGGAAUGGGUUCCGAAAUAUUUUGAAAGAGAUUUAUUGACUGGUGAUUGGUUGUAUAAAUAUGUGGAUUUACGACCCUGGGAUCCAAUCAAUGAUCUGCUACAAUAUGAACAAGAAUUUGUCAUCCAAACGCACACUCGACAUAAAACACCCGUCGUACGAACCAUGAGUAUAACUAGUCAGGAACAGGAGAAAAAAAAAGUUUUUCGUAACGUAGCUUUGGCACGAUCGCAAAGAUGUACCGGGAAAGUUCGGAAAGAAAGUGGAAGUUCGACUCCCGAUCCAGAAUUAAUUCAUGACAGUGAUUCGUCAGAAACAGCAACAACGGCUUUACGCCAGUCAAGUUUAGCUAACGGGAAAUUACGUCUGAACGAAGACAGUUAUAAAAAGUUAGUUGAACCAAUGAUGAAAAUGCAGGAAGAGGUCAAUGGGUCGUUAAAAACGCUCCAACGUCAAGUCUUUACCCUCCAACAAGCCAAUGAAAACAAUAAUAACCAACCAGGCUUCGGAAGAGACUGGAUAAUGUUGGCUUCAAUACUGUUAAUUCAAAUAGUAUUACAGUGGUUAAUGAAAUAAAUAGCAUUUCUCUCCGGUUACCAAGGUGAUAUUUUUUUAAAGGAACUAUUUUGUGUGGUGGUUAUGUACAUAGUGUUGCCUUGACAACCGUGUUUCUAUAGUAACCAUUAUGGUAUCCAUGGUGAUUGGAGGUGUUUCGAAGCUCACAGAGUUUAAUAGACGAUAUACUAUUUAUUAUUUAUUACUUAGAGUUAUGACAUUGUUAAACGCGAUCAGAUAUUUUACUAAAACACGAUAAACGCUAUCAAAGUUAAAUUGAAGUCCCCUAUAAUGAUUUUCCCUUCAUCACCACGGCACUGUUCAUAGCUUUCGGGACUGCGUGCCUUCACUGAUUGCUAACUUUCAAAUGCAGGCCUACAUUCUCUUUUGUUUUAUGUAGAGCAGUGAUAGUUUGGCCAAAUAAAACCCCUAACUCUGGUUCUCACAAGGGUAGUUCCGCAUAGUAGUCAGGAUAGGACAAAAAAUACCGCGAUUCACCCAUUUGCACAUUGGUAUGCAAAAUGAAACAUUGUUUGAACAUUGUUGAAGUAUAAUUUUGUCUAUGAUCGUUUUUAAGGGGGGAGGCUAUCUGAAAUAUUUUUUUUCUGAAAUUUUAAAGCUAUU